AUGUCGCGCAACGCAGCCGAGGACGCACUAGGAGAGAAGAAGCGCGGCAAUAGACAUCGGACGCUCGCCGCAUUCGGGCCGUCAUCGCUCAUCAUGCCCGCACGAGACCAGCAGGUGCCAGAGCUCUCGUACCUCCCCACCUACACACAGACCAGGGCGCCGCCUGACUCGGGGCCUCCUCCUGCAUAUGCCAAUGUGAUCGGCAAAGUAUACCCCUACUCGCUCCGACCGGUGCUGCUCGUCACCACGUUCUGCACCUUUCUCUACCUUUUGCUGGUGUCCAUCUCCAACUUCAAGGACAUCGGACACUCUGGCAACAAUGCGACCAUGAACCUAUUCGAUAUCCUUACCGGCGUACUUCUGAUGGUCGUCGCGCUCGUCGAAGUGCUUGGAUUUACUGCCGCGCUCAAGACCAACCUCAAAUUGGCCACGCUCUACUCGAAGCUCACGGUGCCAGGGUUUGCGCUGGUGAUUGCGUGCGAGGUGCUCAACAUCGCCGGCCACUACAUGUUCAAGAGCCGCAUCAUCAACGACUGCAUCCCCAGGAACACGGGUGCAGUGGCUCCCUCAUCGGGCUUCAACUGGUUUGGUCAAUCUAGCAGCAACUCGACCAUGUCGGCGCAGGACGCGACCAACUACUGCAACAGCUCAUGGAAGUAUGACUCUACGUGGGAGAUCGUCUGGCUCAUCGUGACCAUCGUUCUUGGCAUUCCUUUUGUCAUGUUCAGCUUUGCGUUUGUUCGUCAGGUGCGCAAUCCGGACUCGGUUCGUGUGCGCGAAUCCAACUUUGGCUGGUGGCAGCGUCGCAACAAUCAGCAACCACCCAGCGCGCAAUACGCCAACGGAUACAGCUCGGGACCGUACGAUCCGCAGUCGCAGGCGCAAGCAUACUCGUAUCCUCCUGCUCCGUACGGGUCUGGUCCGUACGCUGCUCCUGCUGGUCCACCGCCUGGCGCCUUCGGUGCUGACGCCCACCGCGAUCUCCCAGGAUACGAACGUGGUGAUAUGCAGGGUGACUUUGAUGACGACCGCAAGAGUCCCAUCACCAGUCCGACGUCGUAUGGCUACACAGGAGCCGGGCGUCCGAGCACGAGCCGGGAUCGCGACUCGAGGCAGAACGAUGCGGCAAAGGAUUCGCAGGUGACCAUCAGACUCGAUGAUGAUGUCGACAGCAAGGGCAGGGGCCAUGGUCGCGACUCUCACGAUGAUGAUACGCCGAGGAUCUGA